AUGGAUCCAGAACUUGCGGCAGCGGUUGCUCUGUCCAAACUCGAGUCGCGUGACGGCAAUCGGUUCUAUGAUGAGGACCCGAUUAGCAUAGAGAGUCUCAAUCGACUGACGGACCGAGAUAACAAGGCGAAGAUUGAGCAAGUUUGCCGUGAGUUUGGCUGGCCUCACGAGCAAGUUGCCCAGGCUUUCAGGCUACUCAAUGAAGGCAGUAUUAUGUGCAAGGCCGAGUAA